AUGUCCAAGCGCUAUGAAGACGCUCUGAAUGUUUACCCCGAUUCUCUACGGUUCGUUAAACAGCUCAAAGAAUCGGACGCUUCCUCAAUAUUUGAGGUGGAGGUUCACGAUAAACGCUAUGCGAUGAAACUGUUUCAUGACAACAGUGACCCUGGCUUUGCCAAAAAUGGCCGUGACUUGAACCGUUUUCGCUGCGAAUUGAACGCUUACAGCAACCUCUCUUCGUUUGGCGUAUGCGAGCGUAAACUGGUUCCAUAUUAUUAUGGCUAUAUUGAUCGACUUGAUCCAGCAAGUUUCCAGCCGCAUCUUGGUGGUUUCAUGAAUGAUAUUCACCAUCCAAGGGCUAUUUUGCUCGAGUAUUUGCAAGACAUAGAAGAGCUCCACUCCGCCAUCAACGGGCUGAGGGAAAUCCACCGCUCUUUAAUUCACCACCACGAUAUCUAUCCAAAGAAUAUCCUCAUUUCCAUGGGUCACCUCGAAGAGGAAAUUUGCGAGGAGGAAAUCCAGGUUGUCGAAAGCUUUGGAGACCUUCUACGAGAGGAUCAGAGGCAGGGUCUUCCCCCGAAUACGAAAUACUACUAG